UUGUUUUAUAUACACUACAAAUUACAAUUGAGUUCUACUUCUAAAUUUCUAAUAUUUUACUAUAAUAAAUAAAAGUGAUAUAAUGCAUUAUGUAGUUACUAAGUAAUUGCUUCGAAAAACAAUUUUAAAACUACUGUCAUAAGCUUACAACCAAGCGGAUGUUGUUUAGUCAUUCGAAACAAUUAUUUAAAAAAAUGACACAAAACAGUUCUUUACAGAACUGGCUUAUAGAAUCCCCAAAGUACACAAUAUUUAGGAUCAAUAAGUUAAUGCAAUUAAAUGUAGUGAAUCUUCAAAAUUACUUGGAGGAACAAAGGAAAGAAUUAAACUCUGAUAGUAUUCCAAAAUAUUACUUCUUAAAACCUGACUGUCUUGUUAUUGAACAAUGGCCUGCACCUUUAACUCUUGAAAAAACAAACAAUGAAGUCAUAGUAGAUCCAUUAUGUGCAGCUGCAGUCUUAAGAGGUGCUCAUGUAUAUGCACCUGGAGUUUUAGGCCUUCCUUCGAACUGCGUUAUAAAUGAAAGAAUUGAUAUAUAUGGCUCUAUGGAUGGCCAGUGUAAAAGAGGCCAUAAAGUAAAAUAUGAAGGGAAUAAACAAUAUGUUGGUACAGGCUAUUUAAAAAUGUUACGAAGCAACUUAUUUGAAAAAGGAGUUCAACCUAAUGGCAUAGCAGUUCAAACAUUACUGCCUGCUUCAAGAUUGCCAGUAAUAAAUGAAACAAUUUUUCCUAAAGGACAAGUUUUGUUACAAAAUCUACCUUCUAUAAUUGCUGGGUGGGUUGUUAAUGCACAGCCCUAUGAAUAUAUCCUAGAUAUGUGUGCAGCCCCUGGUAAUAAAACAACACAUUUAGGUGAAAUGUCAGAUAAUAAAGCUGUUAUCAUUGCAAUUGACAAGACUAUUCAAAAAUGUGCUAAAAUACAACAAACUUGCGAUACACAGGGUGUUACAUGUGUAAAGGCUUAUGCAUAUGAUUCAACAAAAUGUCAUUCUGAUGAUACUGAAAAUAAUAUAAUGAAGCCUCCUUUUUGUUCAAAUACUUUUGAUAAAAUUCUCCUGGACGCACCAUGUAGUGGACUUGGCCAAAGACCGCAAUUAAAUAACAAUAUUUCCCUAAAAAUGCUGCACUCAUACAAAUUUGUUCAGAGGAAGUUGUUUGAUGUGGCUGUGAAAAUUUUGAAAAUAAAUGGCAAAUUAAUAUACAGCACUUGUACUGUAACAGUGGAUGAGAAUGAAGGAAUGGUGUCUUGGGUGUUAGAAAAAUUUCCCUGCUUAAAACUUAUACCUGCAGAACCGCUAUAUGGUGGACCAGGUUUGCCAAAUGUUGGUCUGUCUGAUAAAGAAAGAGUUAUGGUACAACGAUUUGGUCCAGAAGAUGAUGAUUUGAGACCGGUUGAAGACAUAUAUAGAAAUACGAUAGGUUUCUUUAUAGCAGCGUUUGUAAAAACUGAAGAUUAUAAUACUUAAAUGUAAUAAAAUAAGUUACGCCUUUUUUAAUUUUAAUCAACUCCUAAUGGUUUAAAAAUAAUUUUAUUGUGCAUCCAAUUUUAAAUGAAGAAAACUAAAUCAUAUUAUAAAAAUAUAACAUUAAACUUAAGAAUUCACAUUAUAUUAGUUCAUAGUG